AUGUCAGGCAGCAUGCUCCAGCUCGUCGCUAGACGCUGCAAAUACUACGCGUUCAUCAACACAUUUAUCUGCAGCGUCGGCCUGUUCACCUACGUCUCGCUGCUAUCGAUGAAUCACAGCGGAGACUCGAUAGUGGUGCUCGUGCAGCUACUACUGGUCUACAGUGUCAGUUUGCUACGUAUUGUAGCCAUAAUCAAAUGGUUCGAGUGGAUUGCGACCAAGAAGCCUCAGAUUCACGGCAAAAAGCAUAUACAGCUCACUGGCGAGCAGACCAGAUCCAUCUACUACUGCAUCGUACGGGUCGUGGUGCCCACCGAGUGUGCGUCAUACUGGUUCGCAAGGCAGACUGCUGGGUCCAUGCAAGGCAAUUUGAACUGGUGGACGUUUCUUGUCGAAUUCGCAGCUUUUAUCCCCAAAUCCCUACUUUUUGAAGUCAUCUUUGACUUCUUCCACUUUGCGGCGCACUGGGCGUGCCAUCAGAGUCCGUGGCUUUACAAGAACGUCCACAAGCGUCACCACCUGCAUAUCCACCCAUGCCCUCUGUCGACGUAUGCACAGGACGGCGUCGAUUUAAUUCUCACCAAUGUGAUGCCGUUCUGUCUCGCGUGGAGCUUUGGAUUUUGUAUGUCAGACCUCCAGUUGCACCUGCUUCUUGCGUACAAGACGUAUGUGGAAGUCGCAGGCCACUCGGGCUUGGAUAUCAAGGGCUUUUCAUUCCCUCAAAUGCCACUGUUGAACGAUUUUACAAGCAUUUGUCUGCGGGUACAUGAUCACGACCUCCAUCACGCGCGUCAGCGCUACAAUUUCGCCAAGCGUUUUUCGCUUUGGGACAAGGCCUUCCACACGUUUCGCGCGGGUGAUACAGUGUCACCAGUGUUGUGA